UUAAUUAGUAUUUAGAUUUAGAGCCUAGAUUUAUAAAAAUUUGCAUUAAUACUCUUUCCCACAUGUAAAGGAGGAAAAAAGUACAUUAAGAAUAGAAUGACAAGAAUUUAAAUACAAACCCAAAACACCAAAAACAACAACAUUUCUUCUUCUUCUUCCUCCUCCUUUUUCGUUACCCAUUUUCUUUCUGUAAUCUUCAUUACCCAUGUCUGGUUCAAUCCUAAUGAGUUCUCAUGGUGUGGCUUUUGCAACUGCCAUGGCAGUUUCCGGUACAGUUAUCAUCCUCGCAAUUUGUCGAUCACCCAAACUUACUCUUUCAGUCUCCGAAUUUCCCAACAAGUCUGAUGACCCACAGAAUCUACGAUCUUGUAUAUCUUCUGAAAAGAAGAAAAGAGAGAAAAAGAUGAAGAAAAGGGUUCAUUUUGCUGAAGAUAUAGUAGAUCCAAUUGGAAACUGUAAAGACUUUAGAAGAGACCAUAAGAAGUCUUCAUCAUCAUCAUCAUUUAAGAAAAACGAUCAAGAUUGUGGUCGAUCUCAACAAGGAAAAGUUCGAGGAAUUCCUCCAAAUCGUCUGGCUUUGUAUAAUGGAAUUCUACGAGAUCGCGAGCACCGGAUGACUUGCUCAUACUGAUUUUAACUCGGUGUGAACCAGUAGUCUCAAAUGUCUGUGUACUAAUAUAUUUUCUGAAGCUCUUAUUUCUUUAAUUUAGAUUUAAUUAGUUUGUAAAUUAUAGUUUGUGAUGUAAAUUACGGUGUGAUUAGAUGGAUUAAUUAUGAUCAACUAAUUUUAACUUGCUUUUAGAGUCCAUUUCACUA